GGCUCCGGGGGUGGGGGAGGGCUCCGGCCCCAAGGGGCCUGCCCGGGGCACACGGGGGUCGCAAGGCAAGACCGGGAUGAGGGAAUCCUGGCGGUGGGCAAGGACCUGCUCAGGGGCCAGUCUGGGGCCUGGCUUGAAGCCCAGAUUUAGGGCUGGUUGUGGGCAAGGGCCUAAGGCCAGGACGGGGCUCUCGUGUGAGCCAGGCCUGGGGCCAAGUCACUGGUGUCACCGCGAAAUCACCACCCUUCCUCAGAGCCAGCCCUCAGCCGUGCCAGGACCAGCCAGAUUUGGCUCCCUCUGACCCCCAUCCUGCCCCAGCAACCCCAUCCCACAGCCCCUGCGCUUCCCUCCACCCACCUGUCUGAUUCUGCCCUGUGUUUUUUCUUCUCAGUCAGUUUAACGCCCGAUUUCACCCACAGAGGAGAAGCCCGAGAGGCUCCAAAGGCGCUUCAAAGUCCCUAGAGCCGUGUGCAAGCACCAUGUUCCUGGCCAAGGGCUCCUGGGCGCUGGUGGCCCUGGGACAGUGUCCCCCUCACAUUCCUCCAGGCCAUGGAGCAUCCAGAGGUGCCACCUGGCGACUGGGACGGGGAUGGGGGGAUGGUACCCGGCAUCCACAGAGGCAUCGCAAAUUCCCCAGAGACGGACACCGCUGAGAGCCUGGUGACGUUGCCACUGCUGUCCCCAUCAUCCAACCCAGGUGGGCCCUGGGGGCUGCCCCCCACCCCCCCUCCAAGUACCCGGAAACCCUACAAGUGCACCGAGUGUGGCAAGGCCUUUGGGCAGAGCUCACACCUGAUGCGGCACUUGGGCACCCACACGGGCGAGAAACCCUACAAGUGUAGUGGCUGCGCCAAGAGCUUCACCCAGCACUCCAACCUCCUGCAGCACCAGCGCACCCACACCGGUGAGAAACCCUUCGAGUGCGGCGCUUGUGGCAAACGUUUCGGCUGGAGCUCCAACCUCAGCCGCCACCGCCGUCUCCACAGCGGCCAGAAGCCCUUCCAGUGCAGCCAGUGCGGCAAAUGCUUUGGCGAGAGCGCCCACCUGCUCGAGCACGAGCGCACCCACACUGGUGAGAAGCCCUACCGCUGCCCCGACUGCCCCAAGACCUUCAGUCGCGGCUCCCACCUCGCCCGCCACCGCCGCCUUCAUGCAGCUGAGCGGGGACCCCGGCCAGCCCUGGUGAUGCACCGUGGGCUCUGAGGGGCUCCCCAAGGAGUGGGGAGGAGGUGGUGGAGCAGAUGAUGGUGCUUCUGUGAUGGCCACGGGGCCAUCGUUUGACCUGUUGGUGCCCAUCGUCAACAGAAAGAAUCAUGGAGGAUCCAUGACACAGUCAAUGGCUGCUACAACCCUUCUGUGAUGGCCAUGGGGACGUGGUUUGGCCCUGUUCAGUGCCCAUUGUCAAUACAAAGACUUCAAGGAA